AUGAAUAGUUUAACUCCUCCGGAACCAUUUUCCAUGGACACGUCGAAUCCAGAAAAUUGGAGUCUAUGGAAGCAACGAUUUAAUAUAUAUGCAACGGCUAUAGAUUUACCUGCAAAAAGUAUUCCACAGCAGAGAGCUAUCCUGCUCCAUAUAAUCGGAGAAAAAGGCUUAGAAAUAUACAAUAAUUUCCAUUUAGACGAAAAUGCCAUGAAUCCGACAGUGGAUGAAAUCUUAGCUAAAUUUACAGACCAUUUCCAGCCGUAUAAGAACACUAUCUAUAGUAGAUAUGUAUUUUUCUCGCUUGUACAGAAACCAGGACAAACUGUAGACGAAUUUGUAACAGAGCUACGUACAAAAGCUCAAGGAUGUGAUUUUGGCACCCUAACCGAAUCUCUUAUAAGAGACAGANUGUACAGAAGCCAGGACAAACUGUGGACGAAUUUGUAA